AUGCUUGAGUUCUUACGCAUUCCGCACAACUUUGCGUUGAUGACUGGCCAGGCCAGCAAAGGAAAGUCGGUGAAAGGUGGGCAGAGACUCACGAAAGCCCACGGCCAUGCCCUGAUGGCCGAAUACGUGAACAUGAUCGUUCGCGACAGCAAGCGAACGUGGACAACGCAGGACGCAAAGUCCAGAAACGAACAAUGA